AUGGCCGCACAGACGGCCCAUGUGCCUCACCUAGGGGGUAUCGAAGUCUCCUACCGUGCUACGAAGCAUGACGCCUCCAAGCCAACCCUGGUUCUUCUACAUUCGUUCAUGACCUCCUUCAACCUCUACGACGCGCAAUUCGAGUCAUCCUCACUUGCAGGCACAGCGAAUCUGAUUGCCGUGGAUUUGCUAGGACAUGGCAAGACGAAAAUCAGCUCGGGUGUCGAGCAGUUCACCUACUGGGACAGUGCUAUCAUGACACUUCAACUCCUGGACCAACUGAAGAUCGACAAAUUCUUCACAUUGGGAACAAGUCAGGGCGGAUGGAUGGUAAUGAGGCUAGCAUUGCUCGCACCGUCACGAGUACUUGGUGCAAUCGCGCUAGGCACAUCAAUGGAUUCUGAAUCUCAACGCACUCGAGACCUUGGCUGCUGGGAUAUUGCGCCCAUCGGCGACUCCCUCAUCAGUGGCUGGUCGAGCAAAGACCCAACACCGGACUUCACCCUCGACGAUGGCUUCGUCGGUCUGCUCGUCCAACUGGGAGUCGGUCCAAACGCCGAUUCUGCACUCGUCCAGUGCAUGUCAGCAGACACCAAGGCCAAUUAUACUGGCGACAUAGGUCGUCGUCGAGCUAGAAUGUGUGCAAUCAAUCUCCGGGAUCGCGAUGGCCUGCAUGGAAGGCUGUUUGAUAUUACAUGCCCAGUACUGUGGAUGCAUGGAUCUGACGAUCAGGUCUAUAGUGUCGCAAACGCUCGUGAGGAGAUCAAACUCUUUGUCAAUUCAAAAGAAGCGAACGUGAUCGAGGUAAAGGGAGGUCAGCAUUUCCUGAGUGCCUCUAAUCCAGGAGAAGUGGAACCAAAGGUGAUCGACUUCAUCAAGAAGCUUAACUCUUGA